AUGCCUGACAAGUCGGGCCCGCCACCCCCAAACGAGUCCGUCACCUUCAGCUCCGGACCUCACACGACACCGCCAGAUUUGCGGUUGUGUCAUUAUAACGAUGUGUACCAUGUCGACCCAGCAUCAGCAGAACCGAUUGGCGGUGCAUCUCGCUUUCAGACCCUCGUUGAUCACUACCGCUCCAGCGAGAGCUUCAAGAGCCAGCCAGAGCUUCUCACUUUCUUCUCCGGCGAUGCCUUCAACCCUUGUCUUGAGAGCUCGGUGACCAAGGGCACGCAUAUGGUGCCAAUCCUGAACAACAUUGGCACAGAUGUCGCCGCUCUGGGAAACCAUGAUCUCGAUUUUGGUGUCACGCAGUUUAAACGCCUCGCUGCCAAGUGCAAAUUCCCCUGGCUGAUUGCCAAUGUCCUCGAUCCUGCUCUUGGCGAGGACGUGCCCAUAGGCAACGUUAAGAAGACGCUCAUCUUGACGUCCUCUAAUGGAAUCAAGGUUGGUGUCAUCGGCCUUGGUGAGAGGGAGUGGCUCGGCACGAUCAACAGUCUGCCUCCCGACAUCAUAUACAAGUCUGCCAGUGAGACGGCGAAGGAGCUCGUGCCGAAACUUCGAGCAGGAGGCGCCGAGAUUAUCAUCGCAGUCACACACAUGCGGGAACCGAAUGACAACAAACUUGCCGAGAAAACUGAUGGAAUCAUCGAUAUUAUCCUUGGUGGUCACGACCACUACUACAACCACAGCUUGAUCAACGGCACCCACGUGCUCAGAUCGGGAACAGACUUUAAGCAACUGAGCUACAUCGAGGCCCGCCGGAGCACAGAGAAACCAGGGCGUUGGGACUUCGACAUCACGCGGCGUGAUAUCACAUCCGAGAUCCCUGCCCACAAAGAGACCGCCGAACUUGUGGCAAAGCUCACAUCAAGCCUGAAGACGAAACUGAACAAGCCCAUCGGCUACUCCGCAGCACCGCUUGAUGCACGGUUUAGGACCGUUCGACUGCGUGAAAGUAACAUCGCAAACUGGGUCUGCGACAUCAUGCGCCAUUACUAUGGAGGCGACUGUGCGUUGAUGGCAUCCGGGACCGUUCGGGGAGACCAGAUCUACCCUCCAGGACCCAUCCUCCUGAAAGACAUUAUGAACUGCUUCCCCUUUGAGGACCCGGUCGUCGUCAUUAUGGCGAGUGGCCAGCAGAUCUGGGACGCACUCGAGAACGGCGUGUCGCAGUAUCCGGCCCUGGAGGGCCGCUUCCCACAAGUAUCGAAUAUCAAGUUCGAGUUCGAUGCCACAAAACCGGCAGGGUCGCGAAUCGUGUCAGCAAGCAUUGGCGGGGGGCCCAUUGAUAUGGAGAGACAGUACAAGCUUGUGACUCGUGGUUAUAUGGGGCGUGGCAAGGACGGCUAUGAAAGUCUCUUGAUCGAGGCCGAGGGAGGCACUACCAAAGAGAUCGUCUCGGAAGAGAAUGGCAUCCUGAUAUCGAUGAUGCUCCGGCAGUACUUCAUGUCGCUUCGUGUCCUCGGACAGUGGAAAUACUGGGGCAAGCACAUUGGCGGCUACUGGGAUGAUGUCUCGAAGAAGGUCGGCGGUACUCACCAGUCAUCUGCUAUCCAGUCACCCGUCGAGCCAAAGACACCGAGUCUUGCGACGAAACCAUCGGAAUGGAACGAUUGGUCGGCCAAGAAGAUUCGAGAGCGCAAGGCUCAGGCGCAGCCUGCAGAUGAUUCCGACUCGGACGAGGACGAUGCAGCCAAGGAGAACGAGCUCAUUGACCGCGAGAUGGACAUUGUGCGUCGUGUGGCCAAGAAGUGGACCCGGCGGGCGGGGGUCCGGUGCAGUGCUGUCGACGAGCUGCAAGACGAAGAAAUCGAGGUCGACUGGACACGAGCCAUUGCUCCCAGGGUCGAGGGACGUAUAGUAUGCGUCGCAGGCGAACACAAGUCGUGA